AUGAGGUCGAGCGUUUCCUCGGCCGCAUCUGGCAACGGCGCACUUGGCCAACUACACAUUCGAGCUGUUCUCGACAAUCCGAAGAAAGUGCAUCAUGGACCCGAUGAUCCGGUGCGAGGCAACGUCCACGUCAAAUACGCCUCGUCUUCAAGAGCCGGCAGCUCUCAACUAUUCGGUCCCUUGAAACUGGAAGUCGUGCUGAGAGGGCAAGCACGAGUCAAUGCUGAGGAUGAACCAUCACAGAUCACGACUCUAUUUACCGAGGCCAGAACCCUAUACGAUGGCGCAUUCAGGGCUGAUGGCGAGAACGAACAUGCAUUACCCUUCGCUCUGGAUUUUGCGGAGAAUGUCGACCCGACUACCCAUACCACAAUGACCCAGAGCGGUAAUGGGACCUGGAAUUUCAGGCAAACAGUCGGAUCAGAGCUCCAUGCUCUCCCGCCAUCUCUAGAGUCACAAGCCCCGGAGAACUCUGGUGUGACGAGAUUGAAAGCUGUGUCGAAGGUGUUGGUUGCAGUAAGGUAUUCUAUCUUGGUUCGCGCCAAGAUGCCCGGAAUCGACGUCGACGUCGUGGUGGCCAAUCCUGCAGAUGGCGAAACAGUGCUGUACGAUCAGCCAAGGGUGCCGAUUAUGAUUGCGAGCAAUCUCGCAGACAAUGGCGAGUUCUACCGGCAGAUUACUGUCCAGAACGAGCAUUUACGCCCUGCUGAACAGAAACCCCGCGGCUUCGUGGGCAAGACCAAGGCAUUUCUCAAAUCAUCGGACUUGCCAAAGUUCGUCUUUACCGCAACCUGCUCAAAUGUGCCGCAGCAUGCUUUUGUUGAUCAGCCCGUGGCUUUUGACAUGUCGAUGGCUCCUCACUACUCGAGUACGGUGCAUGAGAACCCGGAAGUCUUCUUGGACAGCUGCACGACGUCUCUCAUUGCUCGCACAACUGGUGUAAAGCCGAUCAACAUUGAGACACUCUGGAGUAGAACAACUGAAUUUGAACGGAAACCAUUCUCUGACGAACAUGGCUGGGCCAGGACUGUCGACAUUGGCAACCUUGAAUGGAUACCGAGCACAUUCUCGUUAGGAGAUCUCGAACGCACUUAUAAGUUGCGGAUAGCUCCUCAGUUCUCUGUUGGGAAGCAGAAGCUGAGUAUCAGGCAGGACAUGCCGGUCAUGGUUCAUCCUCCGAUAGACCCAGAAAAUGACACGACACUGGCGAGGAUUCAUUCUGGAGGAAGUGCUUUGCCUGCUUAUGAAGAGGCAGCAGCGAGUGCUCCAACCCCCCCAUAUGAAGCUGUCACUGGGCUGUCUCAGCCAUCGUACGAGCAAGCUAUCGGUGCCAUGGAAGCGGAGCACAUUCCGACACCCAACCUUGUGGAGCACCGGCCAGAAACGCUCGCGGCUGUCUAA